UAAUCUUACCUCAGGCUCUUCUUUUAUAAGAAAAGCCUCGUCUCGUUUAAACUUCAUUCUUUCUACUUUGGUUGUUUAAACUUCAUUUUUUUCUAGAUCUGUUCUAUAAUUUUCGUUCGAAGGCUUAGUCUUUUCUUUUUCUCCUUUUUGGUUUGAUUUUUCUCAUCAUAAGCCAUCUUCUCUUCAGUUAAUCUAACUUACUUAGAGCAUAAACUUUCAAUUUCUUCCUCUCAAAACAUGGCUCACGGUGGCCAAUAUCUGCUGGUGGCCAGUCUUGAGGUAUCUCGACUCCUCUUUCACCGCCGCCGUCGUCGUCGCCGCCGCCAAUUCCGCCGUAGCAAUCACAAUCACAGCAACCUGCCCAACAAGUUAUAGGUCCAUUGGAGACAUUUAGGCCUCGUCCAGUUAUCCAUUUAGGCCUGGUCCAGGGAUCCAAAAUAGGAGGAAUGACCCAAUUUGUUACUACUACUCAUACAGGCCCGUUUUCCGCAGGCCCAACCAAAUUUCGUUCCCUUAAAAAGGGAGGUCGCAUUGGAUUUAGCUUUAGGUUUUGUUGCUCUCUUUAGCCUUCCGUUGAUUUGAUUUUUGUUUUUUAGGUUUUGUUCUCGCAGUUGUUCUGGCCGGUUCUCCUUCACGGACUUGAUUGACUCCAUGGAUACUUGGAGGGAUACUGCCCCUCAUAUCCUUCCUCCAGUCGUCAUCCAAUUGGGUGACACGUGCUGGGCUGUCUCCUACAUCCAUCAAAUGGAAGCUACUGUGAGGUUACAACCAAAUCUGAAUCUGCCCGUAGAUCAACAUCUGUCUAUUCAAGAAUUCAUAAAUAUCCUUCCGAGAGGUUACAGGGAAUACCAUGGUACCAUCCAUGGUAGUUCAUACGCCAUAGAUACCCUUACUAGGCUAGGCACUGUACUCGACACAGUGUGCCCUCUAACUUUUGCGCUUGAUACCCCUGGACGAACUCCACAGCAUCCCCGUGUGAAACGAUUUUAUCUUGCGGAGAUGGAUCCCCACUACUUGGCCUGGUAUCAACACGAGUAUGAAGAGUUUGGUAGUGAUUUAUUUGAACAUCUACUUGAAGAGCGUGCCAAAAUUACUCCUGUGACUAUUAGGAUUCCUAGCUGUGGUAGCUUCGAGACUUGUGCAACAAUGGGUACGGUUUACGAUCCAUCCGAUGAUGAGCUUGCUUAUGCUAACAUGAUGGAAUACGGUCACUUUUUACUACUUCUUGGGCCUGUCAUUAUUGAUGGUGUCCCUUGUUGGGAGUGUCAAGACUCUUCGGGAUAUUCAGUGAACGGGCGAGUCUACAUUCGGCGUAAGUGCGAAGCGAUUUAGUGACUGAGUUCAUCCACAUGCAGGUAUGAUAUGGUCGUGGUGGUACGACGGGACCUAGUAUUUAUAGUUAAAUAUUAUGGUUUCAUUUGUCGUUGCACAAACAAGAAAAUAUUAUGGUUUCAUUUAUUAGUUUGGUAGUUUAAUAUUUGUUGUAAUCUCGUGGACCUUUUGUCACAAUCUGUAUAAUGACUUUCUGUUUUUUC